AUGGAGAGAAUCACACUGACGUCUCUUCUGCUCACAGCCGUGGUCAGUUUGUCUGCAGGCGCUUUGCGUCAGUAUCACUUUGUGAAUGAGAGCAAGAGUUGGACUGAAGCUCAGCAACACUGCAGAGAGAAAUACACAGAUCUGGCCACAAUCACCGACACACAAGAUCAGAGCGACGCAGAGCGGGUCAUAGAGAGUGUGAACAUUAACGCUGAACGUGUCUGGAUCGGGCUGAGGAGCACAAACACAUGGAUAUGGUCUCUGAAUGACCCCACCUUCUACACAGCAAACGAGUCCCAGUACAGGAACUGGGCACCAGCAACAACUUCACACCCAGCACAACCACAAGGAGAUGGAGACUGUGUUUUUAUGAAGAAGGAUGAUGGACAAUGGCAUGAUGAAGCCUGUAGUUCCAAUAGGCCGUUCAUCUGCUAUAAUGCCAGCACUGAAACAUUCGUCCCUGUAAAUGUGCAAAAGAAUUGGACUGAAGCUCAGAGUUACUGUAGACACAAUCACACAGAUCUGGCCAGUGUGAGGAACCAGACUGAGAAUAUUAAGAUUCAGACAUUCGUACAAAACAACCUAAUUUCACCUGAUGGAGCCUGGAUCGGUCUGAGCAGACUCUGGGUUUGGUCAGAUAACAGCACCUCCACAUUCAAACACUGGUACACUGAUGAACCCAACAUCAACGAGAACAGAGAGGACGUCUGCACCGCGAUUGAUAUCAACCAACACCAAGGACGAUGGGUAGAUGAUCCUUGUACAGCUCGUUGUCCCUUUGUGUGUUAUGAUGAUAAACUGGUUCUGAUCAGACAGAAUCUGACGUGGACAGAAGCUCUGAAAUACUGCAGAGAGAAAGACAUGGACCUGGUGUCGGUGGACUCGCUGGAGAUCCAGCUUGGGUUGGAGAACGUGUCCUCGACGGCCUCUACCGCUCACGUGUGGCUGGGUCUCCGUCACUCCUGCGUGCUCGGCCUCUGGUUCUGGGUCAACGGUCAGACCCUGUGCUAUAAUCACUGGGCUCCGGGUCACGGCACCGGGGAGGAGGACUGCACUACGACAGUGAGAUCCGGAGCCAUUCAGACCAGCGACCAGCGCUGGAUCAGCCUUCCUGAAACUGAGAAAAACAACUUCAUCUGCACCAAGUGAGAGAGUGAGAGUCGAGUCACGGUUUAUGAAGAUUCAAUCAAGCCCUUUGCCGUAACAUCAUCUCCAUUUAAAGUCUAUAUAACCUUCACUUUUCAGAGAUCAGUUCAUGUGGUGACGGAUUCAAACAUUUACUGUGUUUUCUUUCAUUUUGCUCUAUUGUUUUUUUUUUUUAGUUUAGUGCAUAUUAUCUAGUAAUGCAAAAUUACAUGCAAUUUUCCAUUAUUUGUUAGUUGCUUCGGAUAAAAUAAUCUGCUAAAUUAAUAAAUGUCAAUAGAUAAAUGUAAUCAUCUCAUAUUGAUUAAAAUAUAUAAUGGAAUAUUUGUACUUUUUAAAGCACAAGCUUGUAAAUGAACUGGAGAAGGUUAAAAUAGGUUUACUUAAAUAAAGCUGUGAUCUACAAAUGUAUACAGUGGCAUCAAAAAGUAUUUGGACACUUUGAGCACAGAUGACACCUGGUUUGAUAUUGUAUUUCAUCUAGUGCAAUGAAAUAUAGAUAUUCUCAAGUGUCUUAAUACCUUUUGAGGCUGCUGUACUUCACUUCCAUGUACCCGUUAAUUUGGGGUAUAUAAUUACCCAAAUAACUCUCAUUAGGGCUGGGUUGAAAAUAUGAAUUUCUUGAUUUUAAUCAAUUCUCAUUUUGAUGAACCAAUAUUGAUUCAUGAAUCCCCGAUCUCUGCUGUUUUUAGUUGAUACGUGAACAAAACUUCACUAAAAGUGUUUUGUAGCGAAGAAGAGAUUUGUUUUCCUUUGUUAAUAAUGUACCAAACCUGAUAUUUUGUAAUCAACAUAGAGAUUAAAUCAAAUUGUGAAAUGUAUAUCGAUACCCAGCCCUAGUCUGUAUUUACAUACAUUUUGAAUGUCAGUGGUUUUCUCCUUUGCUGGAUUCCUGUACUGGAUUGGUGGCGGUUUGUGAUUCGUACUCAUUUCUUUCUGAGAAAAUAAAGCUUUGGAAGAAAUUUCA